CAUGUUUCAAAUUUUAACAAAAAGUUAAGACAAUUCGCGAGAAGAUCCACGGUCUUAAUGAAAUUGAUUUUUACUUGGUUCAUACUUGCUAAACUUAUGAAACUCUUAAAUGUUUUUUUCACAGUGUAGUGGCAUUGGAAUUCGUUUAGGCUUAAAUUCAAAUGACUGUCUGUCGAAAACGAGCAUAAAUUAUAAUAAACAUGUAUUGGUACCCAUGUAAAAAACAUCUGUUCCGUUAUCUAUGAGUGCCGGUGAAAAGAUCAAAACAACAUGCAAUCUUCGUCGAAACGAAAUGUGUAGGAACUACCUACAUUAUUAAAUUUGAAGAAUCUCCAAAGUAUUCCAGUGAAUGCCUGUAACUAGUUGAAAACCGGAUCUAAAUUAACGAUAUAAUAAUAAUUGUCAUUGACUGCUUUUAAUCGCAAUCAGUCCUACUUAGUGGUGAAAAUGUUGGAUCAAUCAAAGAUCAAGAAAACUUCAACACGAAUGGAACAGCGACAAGGAUAUGAUGCCAGUUUGCACAAGAUAGCUUCCCAGCUAGGAAUCGUAGGAAUAGCUUUAAUGCUAGUCUGUGGAGCAAUUUCCAGUUAUUUGUGUACCAAUUUACCGGAUGCUUUAACGCGUGAUGAUUUGGAAAAUAAUCCUGGGGCGUUUAUCGCUGAACGAGCGUGGGAAAAUCUUAAAGCGUUGAACGGGUUUGGUCCAAAACCAACAGGGAGCGUGGCAAAUGAAAAAAUAACUGCUGACUAUUUGAAACGUGAGAUCGAGCUGAUCAAAGCCAGCAGCCAUACUAGUCAAGAAUUGCUGAUGAAGCAUCAGAUUGUGAGCGGUGGGUAUGCAGUGAGAUCUUCGGGAACCAGCCUAUAUAGGAACGUACAGAAUCUGGUUGUGAUGCUAGUUGGAGAGAAGCAUAAUGGCACCAGUCAAGCUUUGAUGAUAAACUGCCAUUUUGAUACAGUUGCCAGCAGUCCCGGUGCUAGUGACGAUGGGGCUAGUUGUUGCGUAAUGUUGGAGAUCCUGAGAGUUAUGUCUAGGCAUCACAAACGGAACCGUCACUCGAUUAUAUUCCUUUUCAAUGGGGCUGAAGAAACACCGUUGCAAGCUGCCCACGGAUUUAUCACGCAACAUCCUUGGGCAAAACAGGUAAAAGCUUUCAUCAACUUGGAAUCCGCUGGAUCGGGCGGGAAGGAGAUACUGUUCCAGAGUGGUCCGCAACAUCCAUGGUUGAUUGAAGUGUACGCCCGUGCCAUCCGACAUCCGUUUGCCCAAGCAACAGCAGAGGAAAUAUUUCAGUCCGGUUUAAUUCGAUCGGAUACUGAUUUUCGAAUUUUUCGAGAUUUCGGUCGCGUGCCAGGAAUGGACUUUGCUCACAUAGUCGAAGGCUAUCGGUAUCAUACAAAGUAUGACAGUAUUGACUAUUUAUCGAUGUCUGUUCUGCAGCGAACGGGUGAUAAUAUUCUAGCGUUGGCACGUGAAAUCGUCAAUAGUGAUGAGCUGGUUAACAGUAGCAAUGAACAGUCGUCCAGUAGAGGAUAUUCUGUAUUCUUCGAUUUCAUGGGUCUGCUCUUUGUCAGUUACUCAACAGAUACAGCCAUAACCAUUAACACAUUGGUUUCGAUUCUGGCAAUUUUGGUGCCAUAUUUUGGACUCAGUCGCACUGUAAGAAACGUUGGAGAAGCAGCCAUCGCCAAGGAGAUCGUUUAUGGUUUUCUAGCUAUCGUGCUGGGAGUGGUUUUAAGCAUUUUUGGUUGUCUUGUCGUGGGUUGGCUACUUGACACCAUCGGGCGAGCCAUGACUUGGUAUUCUACCCCGUAUUUAAUCUUAGGUUUGUACUGUGGCCCGGCGUUGUUGUCACAUUGUUUUGUGCAGACGACAGUAAACAGAUUUUUAAACGAAAAGAAGGCGGUGCUGAAUCUGUCGCAAUUCGUUCAAUCCAGACUAAUCGGAGUCAGUCUGUUCUGGGCGUUGCUAGUAGUUUUGUUGACCUUUUUCGGGAUACGCAGUGCCUACAUAUUCAUGGUGUUACUUCUGUUAUCGCUCAUGUCGUCACUCGUUACGGUUGCGCUUGGCUAUCAAAAUACUGUUCGAAAAUGGCUUCUUGUACAUCUUGGCUUUCAGUUCAUUACAAUGCUGUGGGCAACACAAUUCUACCAUUUGUUAAUAAAAAUGUUCGUACCCAUUGCCGGUCGCGGGGGUGCCGCUAGAAACCCAGAAUAUUUUGUAGGUUCGAUAGCAGCUGUUUCUACUCUUUUGAUCAGUAGUUAUCUGCUUCCGUUGGUUGCCCUACUGAAGGAAACCUCGUAUGUAACCGCACGGUUAACGAUUCUCAUUUUGAUUGCCGUUUUGUUAGCUUGCUUCACACAAGUUGGUUUUCCGUAUCGUGAUGAUAGUUCGAAGGCACCUACUCCUCAACGGCACUUUGUAACGCAUGUUCUGCGGGUGUACCACGACAAAGAUGGACUGCUGAGAAGAAAAGAUUCUGGAUUUUUAUUUCGUGAAAUGGAUCGUAACUCAUAUCGCGUGAUUCGAAGUGUUGUUGCUCCGGAAUCGAUGGUAGCAAUGCAAGAUAUGAACACGUGUGAGACUGAAAUAUUUUGUGCCGUUCCGUUCUAUUCAAUGUGGCAUCAGAUUCGAUUUGAUAACUAUUGGAUGCCUGGACCAGAACCGGUUGCGGAUAAGGUGGUUAAACUCGUUCAUCAAAGGAAGGACCAAAUCAGUGAUCACGUUCAACGGCUAAGUUUCACUUUGGAAGGUAGCAUUCAAUCGUCAUUAAUUAUUGGGCCAAAGCCUGGAGUGAAACUUGCUAACUGGAGUCUACUGAACGAAGUAACUCCGUCCACUCGUUUCAACAAUCAGUAUGGGCAUUUUGUACUGAUCACUCAUGGGCUACCGGGGGAGCCUUGGAAUGUGACGUUGGAUUUCGAACACGAAGAUAAAGAUCACAAAGGAUUUCUAGCAGACAUAGCAGUCGUAACAACGUUUUGGGAGUUCCACCGAAAUCAUACGAGUGAAUUUACUGAACUGAUAAGUAAAUUUCCUACGUGGGCCCAUGUCGUACCAUCCGUUGCAGUGAUGAAUGUUUACGUGUUUUAGUACAUUAAAAAAAUUAACAAAUUUA